CUCUCCCUCCAGCUCAGAUGCCAACCCGCGUUCCCCGGAGGGCAGCGGCGCCCCGCAGAGCCCGCGCUGGGACGAGCCGCCGCGAGUGUGCGCCCUAGAACAGACGUGCAGUGUGUUCCGCGUGGACCUGGGCCACAUGCGCUCCCUGCGCCUCUUCUUCAGUGACGAGGCCUGCACCAGCGGCCAGCUGGUGGUCGCCAGCCGGGAGAGCCAGUACAAGGUCUUCCACUUCCACCACGGCGGCCUGGACAAGCUGUCGGACGCGCUGCAGCGGUGGGAGUGCUGCACGGACACGCACCUCAAAGAGCAGCAGCUCGCGGACGAGAGGACGUGCCUGCAGUUCUCCAUCCGGCGGCCCAAGCUGCCCUCCUGCGAGACCCACCCCGAGGAGAGCGCCUACGGCCGGCUGGACGGCGCCGCCUGGCUCAGCCACCUCAACGCCCUGGGACAGGUGGAGGAGGAGUACAAACUCCGCAAGGCCAUUUUCUUCGGCGGCAUCGACGUGUCCAUCCGCGGGGCGGUCUGGCCCUUCCUGCUGCGCUACUACAGCCCCGAGUCCACGGCGCAGGAGCGCGAGGCGCUGCGGGCGCACAAGCGCCAGGAGUACGCGGCCAUCCAGCGGCACAGGCUCUCCAUGACGCCGGAGGAGCACAGGGCGUUCUGGCGCAAUGUGCAGUUCACGGUGGACAAAGACGUGGUCCGCACGGAUCGCAGCAGCCAGUUCUUCCGGGGCGAGGGCAACCCCAACGUGGAGAGCAUGAGGAGGAUCCUGCUGAACUAUGCCGUGUACAACCCAGCCAUCGGCUACUCCCAGGGCAUGUCCGACCUGGUGGCGCCCAUCCUGGCCGAGGUCCUGGACGAGUCGGACACGUUCUGGUGCUUUGUGGGUCUGAUGCACAACACAGUCUUCGUCAGCUCCCCUCGGGACGAGGACAUGGAGAAGCAGCUGCUGUACCUGCGGGAGCUGCUGCGGCUGAUGAACCCGCGCUUCUACCAGCACCUGGUGUCCCUGGGCGAGGACGGCCUGCAGCUGCUCUUCUGCCAUCGCUGGCUGCUGCUCUGCUUCAAGCGCGAGUUCCCGGAGGCGGAAGCCUUGCGGAUCUGGGAGGCCUGCUGGGCCCACUACCAGACAGACUACUUCCACCUCUUCAUCUGCGUGGCCAUCGUGGCCAUCUAUGGGGAUGACGUCAUUGAGCAGCAGCUGGCCACCGACCAGAUGCUGCUGCACUUUGGAAACCUGGCCAUGCACAUGAACGGGGAGCUGGUUCUCAGGAAGGCGAGGAGUUUGCUGUAUCAGUUCCGCCUCCUGCCCCGCAUCCCCUGCAGCCUGCAUGACCUCUGUAAGCUGUGCGGGACGGGCAUGUGGGACAGUGGCUGCAUGCCCGCCGUGGAGUGCACCGGCCAGCACCCGGGCUCCGAGAGCUGCCCCUACGGGGGCACCGUGGAGCCGCCGUCGCCCAAGCCCCCGAGGGAAAGCAGGAAGGGCCCCAAGGUGCCCAGGGAAGUCUUUGCCUUCCGCAGAUAGGUGGGGCUGGCCACCCAGACCAGGACCCAGGGGACCCCCCCAGAGGUCUGGGGCAGGUGGGUGGGGAAGGGCCAGGGCAUGGUGGAAUCGUCCAGAAGGGAGCCCCUCGUCGUAGCAGCGGUGAAGUCGGCGUCCAAGAGUGACAGGGGUCAGGCCCGCCGGCACCCCGAGAAGAGCCGGGAAACGCAGCCGCCCCACCCGAGACUCGGGCUGCUGGCUGCCCCGGGGAGCCCCCACCCGAGACUCGGGCUGCUGGCUGCCCCGGGGAGCCCCCACCGGAGACUCGGGCUGCUGGCUGCCCCGGGGAGCCCCCACCGGAGACUCGGGCUGCUGGCUGCCCCGGGGAGCCCCCACCGGAGACUCGGGCUGCUGGCUGCCCAGGGGAGCCCCCACCGGAGACUCGGGCUGCUGGCUGCCCCGGGGAGCCCAGCGCACCCCAGGAGGGGCCUGCAGCUUCCUUAGCGACGAUGACCGCACCUGGCUGAGGAGAAGGCGAGGAGAGAGGCCCCCGGCAUCUGCCCGCGUCGGGGUGUGUGGACAGCAGCAGGGGUCUCGUCCAGGCGAGCUGGCCAGCAGGGCUUGUUCUCGGGGCCAAGCGCACUUCCCGUGGUUUCCCCGGCCGCCCCGGGAGGCCCACGUCUGCCCCCACCCCCACCCCAGGAAAACCAGCCCGACUGCAGCAUAGACAGGUUAGGAGCCGCAGGGAGCCCCGGGGCUGGGGGCCUCUCGCCCGCCGGCCACACGGUGGGUGCCCCUGGCCUGCCCCUGAGCGAGCCGCAGGCUGGUGGAGAAGUGUGGGGUUCCUUCCCCCGAGCUGGAGUCUCUGUGAGCCCCUCAGGGGUGUUGGGGGUCGACCCUGGCAAGCAGCAACCAGAGAGGGCUCAGCGGCUUGGGGUUGUGUGCGCAUGCGUGUGUGGAUCAUGUGCGUGUGUGUGUGUGUGUGUACAGACCUGUGCAUGCACGUGUGUGUACCUGUGUGUGCCUGUGUAUGUGGGCAGACCUGUAUGUGUGUGUGUGUGUGUGUGUGUGUACAUAUGUAUGUGUCUUGGGGGAAGACUGUGUGUGCAUGUGUGUGUGCCUGCAUGUAUGUGUGUAUGUUGGCAGAUCCGUGUGUGUGUAUGCGUGUGUGUGUGUGUGCAGGAUCCCUGGCAGACGCCCUGCUGUGUCCCCGGGAAGAGGUCAUGUAUUAACUGCCCAGCCCAGACAAAGGCUCCUGACACAGACUCCUCAGCGACCUGCAGAGCCCGUGGACAGGGCUCCCCUGCAGCCGGACACCAGAGUGACCACAGCGAAGCAGCCAGCACUCGGGGCUCCCGGCUUUCCCUGUGGGAGCUCGGUCUCCCCGCACACUCUCCAAACGCAGUCCUGCUGGGACACAUGGGGCGGGACACAUGUUCCUGCUGGGACACACGGGGCGGGACACAUGUUCCUGCUGGGACACACGGGGCGGGACACAUGUUUCUGCUGGGACACAUGGGGCGGGACACAUGUUCCUGCAGACACGCGGGGCGGGACACAUGUUCCUGCAGACACGCGGGGCGGGGUGGGGGGAGACCUGUGGUGGGCGCUCCGGUCCUGCACUGCUGGAGUCAGGGUCGCAGGCCGAGGGCCCCUUCCUGGUGGGGGUGGGAUUGCUGGCGGCUGGCUCCGCGGGCUGGGGUGCUCUUGGCAGGCGUUCCAAGGCCCGUCCGUCCUGGGGCGGGGGCUUCUGGGAAGAGGCUCCUCGGUACCCAGCGCGUCCUGCCCUGACCCUCUGCCACACCAGACCCCAGACCCGGCUGUGCCCGUUAGGCGUCGCCGCAGCCGUGCUGUGCCACAGGGCACCCCACGACUCCUGACCUACAACAGGUGAGCUUGCCUAGCGCGUGGCGCCGCGGCCAGCUGUCCGGGCCGGCCAGUUCUGGCUCUGCCUGGGCUCCCAUGUCGCAGGCCCACUGGGUGUGAGCUCUCGCGGGGCGUCAAGGGCAGAGGUCCCUGGGGCUCUCUCGCCCUCCUGCAAGCUAACCCUGGCACAGCGAGCGUCCUGCACCCUCUGCGGGCCACACCGGCCGGCAUCGUGUUGGCCGAAGCGAGUCCCCCAGGGUGGGAAGGGGGCGCUCUGCUUUUGGUCCCCUUUGCACAGUCCUGUGGCAGAAGGUCAAGAACUCGGAGGGUGGAGGCCUGGGCCCAGCCCCCAGGCAGCCUUGGUCCAGGUGGCACCGUUUUAGGACUCGCAAGAGCAGGCACCCUGGCCACUCUGGUGGGGCCGGGACCCCGUGUUGUGCCGUUCUGGGGGCAGGGUGAGCAGGGGCGCAGGCGUGCAGAGGGUCCCGCAGGUGAAGGCAUUCCUCUGUAUCCCUGCCCUCCACGCCUGAUUCAGAGCCACCUGCCCCGUCUCACACCGCGUGCCAAUCCCCUACUCCCACCCUCGCGGCUCCCACCUCACACCGCCUCCCCGGGCUGGCCCAGGCCCCAGUGAGCUCUGUACCCCGAGGCCGGCCGGAGGCUCCCGAGCCCAGAGCUGGCGGAGCCGGCUGCUGCUCACCCGGGCAUGGAGAAGCCACAGCCCUGGCUCACCCACUCCCUGCAUCCGGGUGCAGUUAGAGGAAGCAGCCCACCCCCCUGCCCCCCAGCAGCUGCUGCCCCGGAGCCCUCCCAGUUCGGUCAUCAGACGCCGCCCGUGCGCCCCCAGCCACGCUGCUGAGGUACCCACCCCGUUCUUCCACGUGUUGCCUGACGUGGCCGGCCAGCACCCCGCGCACGCGGGCUGAGAGGCUGCCGCGCCGAUGUGUGAGCUCAGUGCUGGGCAGUUCAGGGCCUCUGGGACCAGAAGGCAGCUUGAUGGACGCGUGCGGUGCCAGGGCAGAGGGGACGCACAAACUGGGAGACGGGGGGCUGGGGCCACCCGGGCUGGGAGGAGGGACCUGUCUGCUCGCCAGGGUGCAGAGGGAAGCAGCACGCUCUUCCAGAAGGUUCCGACUCAAGGUCCAGCCAGGGAGACUGGGAGCCCGCACGUCACGGUCCACUGGCCCCCUUCUGCUCGGAGCAACGAUGUCCCAGGUCCAGAGGGCAGCUCUGUGCGAGACCUGGGCCUGGGCCACCAUCAGCAGCCAAGAGGUGGCACGGAGCCGGCUGGAGCCCUGCAGGGGCUGGGGGAGGGGCUGCCCUGGCUGUGGUUGCGGCUGGCGGGGGUCAGCCAGCUGUGGCCUUCAUGGUGGCUCUGGGAAUGGAGGCAGAGGUGGCAGCCAGGACUGGGGACCUGGCGCAGGGGUUUCCCUACGGAGCAGAAAUAAUGGGGGGUGUGGCCAGGAAUCCUCAGCGCUGUACCCUGGGGAGGCCUCGUCCCACAUCGCUCCCCUCCCCCUGCUGGGGGCCCCAGCGGGUCAGGGACGGCUUGGGGGGCCCCCUCACCCCCAGCAGAGGGAAGUCUCGCCCCUCAGAGGAAGGGGAAGGGCUCCAGCCUGGGCCAGAGGCAGCCACAAGGCUGGGGACCUGGAAUCAAAAACCGGCCAGGGUCGGGCGUCCCCAGCUUGGAGGGACACCCUGAACUAAAGCUUCGUUACCCCCAAGGUUCGUGCAGCCUGUGGGCUGCUCCCCCACGGGGUGGGGAGCAGUGCUGUGCACAGGGAGGAGCCCUCACCUGGGGCUUGUCUGCCUGCAACCCACCCGGCCUCAGCUUCUUCAUCUGUGAAAUGGGACCACCAGCGCCCACCCAGGACGGCUGUGGGGCCCCUGGCGUUGAAGCCGCCGGCACGAGAGUUCUUUGCCGUACCCCAGACAACCUCGCCUGCCACUCAGGGAAGAGCCGGCUGGCCCUAGCCCUCGGCGUGGCAUCGGCGACCGGGCUGCUUCCGCACACACAGCCAGCUGCGCCCUGCCGAGGGCCAACCUCUCUGUGCCUCUUCUGUGGAGAUCCCUCCACGCCACCCACUCCCAUCACGAGAACUCAGCCGUGAGAUGCACCCUCGGCCGUCCCGCGAGACGCGUGUCCAGGAGGCGGGUGGGUGCCCGCCGGCCCCUGCCCCGCGCUGUGACAGCCCCGAGGGCCGCAGCCCCUGGAGUGGAGCCUGGAGACUGGAGGGGGCGGGCACGGAAGCAGCGUGUGUCGUCCCGGGUGGAAAGGUAGCUUCUAGGAUCAAGGGGGGGCGGGGUCAGGUCACACUUGUGGGUGAGGGGCCGUUGUCGCUAGGGAGAGUUUCGCGGGAUUCUCGCCGGCGCUCACUGGUGUCCAUGGCUCGCCAUCUGUUCUCGGCAUUUUGUUUUAUUUUGUUUUUAACUACAGCCGCCCACUGGUCAGGCCCUGGGGCUGGUUACCACGACCCCCGCUCGCUGGCCCCCCAGAACUUCUGGUUCUCACGGAUUCCACUGCAAAGCAAAUAAAAUCAUCUUGACAA